CUGUUGGAAUAAUAACCACGUGAACAUCCUCCGAUACCCAGCUUAUAAGCAAAAGGCGGAAACUGCCCUCAACUUAAUUUUAAAUGACCAAAAACAGACAUGUUGAAACUAAUGCUUAUUAAAUAAAGAAAAGAAAUAUAUCCCCUGUCUAUUUAGUCUUAGUCUUCAAUUGUUUUUAGCAGGUAGAUGAAUUGUUCAUAACGGGCUGAGAGAGUUGAACGGGUGCGAUAUGAAGAAUGAAAAGUUAUAUAAACUGAUCUUAAUAAUUUACUUAGAAUUGAGGUAUAUAUAGUAAGUUAUUAUUGUUGAUAAUAAAUUAUUUACUUACGUACCGCAUUGAAAUUUAUAACAGACUAACCUAUCACAUGUCGCCAAUGUACAUAUACUGAUACACGUCAAGAAAUAAGACGUCACCAAUAAAAAUGCUUUAUAGGUAUAUCAAUCGCAACAAUCAACUUUUUCAUUCUGUUCUCAUUUUCAUACCUUCAUCUCAUCUCAUUUUACUCUGUACCAUUCACAAAUCCCUUAGAAAAUAAUAUUGUGACAAUGUGUAGCUCACAACAAGUUCUUCAUGUUGGUAUACUCUCAAGUCCAGGCUUAGGCCAUAUCAUCCCCGUAUUAGCCCUCGGUAACCGCCUCAUCACCCACCAUAACGUCUCUGUCACCAUUUUUGUUAUUACCUCCGGCAGCUCUCUGGCAGAAACGGAGAUUCUCAAAUCUGCCAACAGCUCAAAUUUGAUUAAUAUAGUUGAAAUACCAGCUGUAGACAUCUCCAACCUUAUCGAUUCCAGCACAAAAAUGGUCAAUCAACUUUGCGUACUUGUACGUGAAACUUUACCUGUUGUUAGGCCCGCGAUAUUUGGCAAGAAGAAUAUUUUGGAUGCUUUCAUUGUUGACCUUUUCUGCACUGAAGCUUUGCCAAUUGCAAAAGAAUUUGGAUUACCUAAGUAUGUGUAUAUUCCAACGACUGCAUGGUUUACUGCUUUGACUGUAUACUGUCCUGUUCUUGACAAAGAAAUUGAAGGUCAAUAUGUGGAGCAAGACGAACCCUUGAAAAUCCCGGGUUGCAAACCGGUUCGACCGGAAGAUGUGGUUGAUCCAAUGCUGGACCGGAACGAUCAGGAUUAUCACGAGUACAUGAGAGUACUUGGGACUGGGUUCUGUUUGUCGGAUGGGAUCUUGAUGAACACUUGGGAAGAUGUGGAGACCGGUUCACUCAAAGCGCUUCGAGAAAAUGAAAUAUUAAAAGAGAUCGUGAAUUCACCGGUUUAUCCGAUUGGACCGUUAAGAAGACACAACCAACAUAUCAUCAUAGAAGGGAGUGAUGAUGACGAUAGGAACUUUGUACUCAAUUGGUUGGACGAACAAACUCCUGUUUCAGUGCUAUACGUAUCUUUUGGGAGUGGUGGGACCCUUUCAUUAGAGCAAUUAGCGGAACUAGCUUUUGGGUUGGAGUUAAGCCAGCAGAAGUUUGUUUGGGUUGUAAGGCCACCGUCUGAGAUCGGUGCAGACAAGUCAUUUUUCACGACGGGAAAAUGUGGCAAUGGCACUCCUGAGUAUUUGCCAGAAGGUUUUCUAAGUCGAACGAAAGAUUUUGGAUUGGUGAUUCAGAUGUGGACGGAUCAAGCCGGAAUUUUGAGCCACCCAUCAGUUGGAGGAUUUUUGUCACACUGUGGAUGGAAUUCGAGCAUUGAGAGUAUAACAAAUGGUGUGCCAAUGAUUGCAUGGCCGUUAUAUGCUGAACAAAGACAAAAUGCGACUAUGCUUGCCGAGGAACUUGGAGUGGCUGUUAGGCCAAAGGUGUUACCAACUAAGAAAGUGGUGGAAAGGGAAGAAAUAGAGAAAUUGGUGAGAACGGUAAUGCAAUAUAAAGAAGGAAAGGAAUUGAGGGAAAAUGUGAAGAAGCUGAAGAUGAGUGCAGAGAAAGCACUAAAUGUAGGAGACUCCUCUCACAAUUCAAUGUGUGAAUUCCUCAAAGACAUUGAGAAAAGAAUCCAUGGUUCCAAGGAAAACACGUCCGAUGUAACUAUCUAAAAAGGGUAAGCAACUUGGUAAUUAGGGCUAUAUAUAUUGCCCAAAAAUUUUCUAUGUUAUGCUGUUUAUCCACUGUAAUUUACAUAUUCUUCGAAUAAUUUGUAGUAAUAAUUAAGCAGUCUCGUUGAAAGUGUAGAGACCUUAGCUUGAAGCAACGAAUGAAUAAUGUUGAUUGCCGUGUA